CCGAAUGAAGGGUAUGUCAUGACGCAUAAUAUAAAAUGGGCUCUUGUCAACCCGUGUAUACUUCACAUGUAUAUUUCUGCAAUAUGAAAUAGAUGAUUGCAACACCUUAGCUCUGGUAACAUUGUGAAGUUCAUGUAUUUUAGGGGAUUGUUGGAAAUUUAUGUGAAGUUGGUUAGUUGUUUGUUUCGUGACUAAUCGGUGUGUGUGAUGUGUUGUUCCGUAUGGAAACUUUGGAAGCAUUAUGAAUUCCAGAUUCCAGCGCAGCGUCCAGGAGAAUACUCCAAAUAUGCCUUAAUACAGAAACUGAACCUAUAAUAGUACCAGAGAAAAGUAAUAUUAUUUCUGAAGAUUCUCCUGCUUGUUCCAGUAAUGCAGAGGAUUCACCAAUAUCAUCAUUAACUCUGAAGAUGAAUUCAGAAAAUAAUUCGUCGUGUUCACGUGAUAGUGCUGAAGAUCCAACUCAUCUACCAGAUUCCAACUUUGGUAAAAAUGAAACCAAUAGACGCCGGAGUGAGAAUUAUAAAUUUCGAAUUGCUGAUGGUGAUGAAAAUGCCAUUUCUGGUACAACAAAUGAACGCGAUGAAUUCAUGAACGAAGCUGGUUUCAGUGAACAACAUAAAACAUCCCGAACAAAACCUUUUAAGGUUAUUCGGCAACCAGAUUUUUGCUUUUUUUGCAAAACUGAAGUAAAAAAUUUUGCACGACACAUUCAACGCAAUCAUGUUGGGGAAACAGAAGUACAGAAUAUUCUAGCUUUACCAUCUAAUUCUAUUGAAAGGAAACGUGCUUUUGCUUGCCUGAGAAAAAAAGGGAACUUCAUUCAGAACUCAACAACAUUUUCAAAGCCAGUACAUAGGAGCCCGCUCAAGGACACUGAAGAAAAUUACAUUCCUUGUCCCUACUGUCUGGGAUUUUAUUCUCGUAAACUUUUAUGGAAACAUAAAAAGAUGUGUUCCUUCAAUAAAAAUCCUCUUGUAGGAAAAUCCCUCAGUGCUGGACAAAAUUUGUUGCCUUGUGUCGAUCAGACUAAUUUAAACUUGACGACUAAAGUAUUUCCACGUAUGUGGGCAGACAAAGUUUCCCUUACUGCCAAAAAGGAUUCCCUUAUAUGUGCCUUCGGUUCUAGAUAUCUAAAUACACACAAAGAAUUACACCGAAUUCACGUCUGUUCAAGAAAAAUGAGGGAAUUGGCAAAAGUUUUGAUGGAAUCCCAAAAAUUUGAUUCUUCCAUUAAAAAUUUAUUUGAUCUCCUUCUGCCACAGUACUUUGAUGUAGUGGUCCAGAGUGUAAAGGUUAUUGCCAAAUACGAUCCGCAGAAAGAAGAGUUCGAAUCACCUACCUUUGCUAUGAAUAUUAGUAGGACCUUAAAGGACUGUUGCGACAUAGCAAUUUUGCAUAUUGUAAAACGGAAACACAACUAUUUGAACUUAACUGCCUCUGAAGCUGAGGCACAUGUUGAACUAUUCAGGAAAUUAUUAGAAACUACAUGGAAACAUGAAAUUUCGACUAAAGCAGGAAAUGACCUAAACACGAAGACUUGGAAUAAAAUAACUCUGGUUCCCUUGGCAGCAGACUUAAAGUUGUUUAGAGACUAUCUGAUAAAAAAAGGAAAAGAAGCAGCACACAAUGUGAAACAAAAUAUUAAAAACUCCAAAGCUUUCAAAGUUUUAAUGGAGACUAUAUUCUGUAGAUUACUUCUUUCGAACAGAAAAAGAGUUGGAGAACUGCAAACAAUGAAACUGGCAACCUACAUGUCUACAGAAGAAAGUAAUAAUUCAAAUUAUGAGGAAUUCGCUGAUGCUGUAACCCCAGCAGAGAAAUUAUUAUUGAAAAUUUUUAAAAGGGUAGUUACUAGAGGAAAAGGGGGUAGGGGAGUUCCAGUUCUUUUCAGUAUGGAUGUACAAGAUCAUAUGAAACUGUUUUUACAAGCACGAUCUGAAUUUGUCGAUGAAUCUAAUUCAUUUUUAUUUGCUAAUCCUGCAUCAAAAGAGCAACCUCUGAUUGGAUACAAAGUGCUAUACAAGUACACACGAUUGUGUGGGGCAGUGAAUCCUGAAGCAUUAACCUCAUCAAAGUUAAGGAAACAUUUGGCUACUUUGAAUCAAGUUUUCAAUAUGACUCAAAAUGAUAUUGAGCAGUUAGCUACAUUAAUGGGUCAUACAGUAGAUGCACAUAAGCAGGUGUAUCGUCUUCCUGAUGAUGUCUAUCAGACUGCCAAAAUAGCCAAGUUGUUGAUGUUAAUGGAAAGAGGGGAAGCAGGAAACUACAAAGGAAAAACUUUAGAUGAAAUAGAUUUAAAGAUGGAUGAUGACAUUUUCGAAGAGGAAGAUGAAGAAAAUUACGAUUUAAAGAACGAUUUAGAAAUCAUUGAAGGCAUAAAUGAUUCAGGGAAUAUUCUGGAUGAAGAUAUAGAGGCAUCUCAACAAAAUAUAAGAGAUUCAAGUUCCACAGUGAACAAAAAUGCGGACAAUUUCAAAAAGCGGUUGCUAGUACCUUGGACAAAUCAACAAAAAAAAGUUGUUACACAAUUCUUCCAGAAUCACAUCAAUAUGAAAAAACCUCCUAGACGACACGAAUGUGAUAAUCUAAGAGACAAGUAUCCUAAAUUGCUGGAAAAUAAGUCAUGGAAAAAAAUUAAAGUAUUCAUUCAGAAUUCAUACAAAAAGAAAACUUGAUUUGGUACUUUUCUUAUUUUUUUAUGUUUUAGUCAAUGUUGAUUUCAAUAAAGUUGUUUUCUUACUUUU